AAGAGAGAGAGGAAGCAGAGAAAGUUAGAGGAGCGAGAGGAGAGGGGUCGAGCAGAUGGGAGGAAGGAAGGAAAGGAUCUCUCUGCGGGCUCAAGUGCGCGAUUAAAGGAUUGUGCGUAAAUAAACAAAUGAAUCAAAGCCUAUAAUACAAUAAAAAAAGGGGGAGUUGUAUGCGCGCCAACGCGUUGCGUGGACGCGGACAAGACAGCGCGCUGAAACAAGUCCUGUGUUUCUCUCUGGAUUUUACUCCUCAUGUUCCUCAAAGUCUCGCUGCUGUGUAGUAACUUUUCGGUUUGAAAAUCUCCCCCCCCCCUCACCCUGUCGGUUCACUCUCUCCCCGGAAAAGAAGCUCCGGGGUGGAAGUUGGAGGAAGGAAGCGCGGUGUUUUGUUCCUUCCGAGGAGUCCAGCUCGCCUUAGCCGGGGUUUAGGCGUUGGCAACCGGCAGGGAAUACCUUGCCAUGGCCGGGGCCAAGCCGGGAGUCCACGCGCUGCAACUCAUGCCCAUGUCCGUCCACGAAAUGCUGAAGAAGGGGGGGAAGUUCAUCAAAUGGGACGAGGAGCCAAACAGCGGCCCCCCCACCCUGGUGACCCUGAAAGUUGACCCCGAUGGAUUCUUCCUCUACUGGACUGGAGGCUCCAACCUGGAGGUGGAGACUCUGGACAUCAACACCAUCAGGGACACCAGGACAGGAAAAUACGCCAAACUACCAAAGGACGCCAAGCUGCGGGACGUGCUCGGCUUCGGUAAGGGGGGCAGCGUAGAGAGGAAGCUGGUAACCGUCGUCUAUGGCAAUGACCUGGUCAACAUCUCUUACCUGAACUUCCAGGCCAUGCAGGAAGAUACAGCCAAGAUUUGGACAGAUGAGCUCUUCACCUUGGCCACAAACAUACUUUCCCAGAACGCAUCGCGGAACACCUUCCUGCACAAAGCGUACACUAAGUUAAAGCUGCAGGUGAAUCAGGAUGGGAAGAUUCCUGUGAAGAAUAUCCUCAAGAUGUUCUCAGAUAAAAAGAGAGUGGAGACGGCUCUGGAGCAGUGUGGCCUCGUAACUAACAAGCAGACAGAGGGAAUCAAGCCAGAUGAUUUCACGUGGGAUGCCUUCCAGAAGUUUCUUGAAAGCCUUUGUCUCCGGCCUGAGGUACAAAGCAUCUUUGAGGAAAGUGGCUCCAAGAGGAAGCCGUUCAUCUCUUUGGACCAGUUGAUAGAAUUCAUUAACCAUAGGCAGCGAGACUCCCGACUGAACGAGGUGCUGUACCCCCCCCUGAAGAGAGAGCAGGUCCGACAGAUCAUGGAGGAAUACGAGACCAACGUCAGCCAGCUGGAGAGAGAUCAGAUCAGUUUACAGGCCUUCACUCGGUAUCUGGGAGGAGAAGAAAACAGCAUUGUUCCUCCAGAGAGGCUGGAUAUCAUCGACGACAUGAAUCAGCCGCUGUCUCACUACUUUAUCAACUCAUCACACAACACAUACCUCACAGUGGGUCAGCUGACCGGCCUCUCCUCGGUGGAGAUGUACCGCCAGGUGCUGCUGACCGGCUGCCGCUGCAUCGAGCUGGACUGCUGGAAGGGCCGGCCGCAGGACGAGGAGCCCUACAUCACCCACGGCUUCACCAUGACCACUGAGAUCCCCUUUAAGGAGGUGAUCGAGGCGAUAGCAGAGAGUGCUUUCAAGACCUCGGCGUACCCCCUCAUCCUGUCCUUUGAAAACCACGUAGAUUCGGCUAAGCAGCAGGCCAAGAUGGCAGAGUACUGCAGGACCAUCUUUGGAGACGCCCUGCUCAUCGAUCCACUGGAGAAAUAUCCGCUGGACCCUGGUCAGCCGCUCCCCACCCCACAGGAGUUGUUGGGGAGGAUUCUCAUCAAAAACAAGAAGAAGCACCAGCACCACCGACCCUCGAGUAGCGGCAGCAUACGGCGCAGAGAGCUGGAGGAGCAACCGUCGCACAACAACGAAGGCCCACUGACAGAUGGCGAGGGAAGCCAGCUGCUGACUAACGGAGAGGAGAAGCUAGCUGAGAGGAUGGUCAAAGACUCUGAGCCACGCAAAUCCCUUGGGGCUGAGGGAGAAAGCGAGGAGGAUGAGGAGGACGAACCGGUGACAGACCAGAAGAAGCCCAACUCUGACGAGGGUACAGCCAGCAGUGAGGUGAAUGCCACAGAGGAGAUGUCCACUCUUGUCAACUACAUCGAGCCUGUCAAAUUCAAGAGCUUUGAGGUGGCAAACAAGAGAAGAAAGUACUUCGAAAUGUCCUCAUUGGUGGAAACAAAAGGCAUGGACAUCCUGAAGGCUUCCCCCAUCAAGUUUGUAGAGUACAAUAAGAACCAGCUGAGCAGAAUCUACCCUAAAGGAACGAGAGUGGACAGCUCCAACUACAUGCCGCAGCUAUUCUGGAACGUCGGCUGCCAGAUGGUGGCGCUAAACUUCCAGACCCUCGACCUCCCUAUGCAGCUGAACAUGGGUGUGUUUGAGUACAACGGCCACAGCGGAUACCUGCUGAAACCUGAGUUCAUGAGAAGGACGGACAAACAGUUUGACCCUUUCACAGAAAACAUAGUGGAUGGGAUAGUCGCUAAUACUGUUAAAAUUAGGGUGAUCUCAGGGCAGUUUCUGAUUGAUAAAAAGGUGGGCGUGUAUGUGGAAGUGGACAUAUUUGGACUUCCUGCUGAUACAAAGAGGAAGUACAGAACCAAAACAUCCAAUGGGAACUCUCUGGACCCCGUGUGGGACGAUGACAUGUUUGUGUUUAAUAAGGUGGUCCUCCCCACACUGGCCUCUCUGAGGAUAGCGGUGUUUGAAGAAAAUGGAAAGUUUAUUGGACAUCGAAUCCUCCCUGUGUCAGCCAUAAGACCUGGCUACCACUACAUUAAUCUGAAGAGUGAGCUGAACCAGCCGCUCAUCCUGCCCUCUCUGCUGGUCUACACUGAGGCUCAGGACUACAUCCCCAAUGAACACCAGGAGUAUGCAGAGGCUCUGACCAACCCCAUUAAGCACAUCAGUCAGUUACACAAGAGGGAGACUCAGCUGGCUGUUCUCAUAGAGGACAACAGUGAGCAUAUUCCCAACCAGCCCAAAGAGCGCGAGAGCAAGGGGGAGUGGGAGGACUUUCGGGGACCCUCCCUCUUCCCCAUCCUUCCCCCCUGCCUAGUGGUCGAAGCCCCUGACAUCAUCAAACUACCUGCACCUGUACAAAGUCCAAAGGAGGACCUCAUAGCCACUGUCCUGACAGACAUCCAGGUCCAGUCUAUAGAGGAGCUGAAGCAGCAGAAGGGCUACUUGAAGCUCCAAAAGAAACAAAGCAAAGAACUCAAAGAGAUCCGCAAGAAGCACCUCAAAAAGGUGUGGAAUAUGAGUAAGGAGCAGAAGAGUCGGAGCAGCCAGCUUCAGUCUGACACCCAGAGGAGACGUAGUCAGAUGGAGAAACACCUCAAACGGAGCAUCAGGAAGAACAUGUGUCUGUGUCGUCUGCAAGAAGCUGUCAUAAAUGAGCCCAAUGAGCCGGUGCAGCGCGAGCUCACCGCUUUGGAUCAGGAGCUGGAGAAGCAGUCGGUCCAGCUGAGGGAGUGGCAGAUGCAAGAACUCCUUAGACUCCGACAGCAGCUUCACCUACCAGAGCGGGAAAAGCAGCAAACACACCUGCAGGAGGCCUUCAAGAAGUUAAAGGAGACGGCCAAUGAAUGCCAAGCAGCUCAGCUGAAGAAGCUCAAGGAGACAUGCGAGAAGGAGAAGAAAGAGCUCCAGAGGAUCAUGGACAGGAAGCGACAGAACAGCAUCAGCGACGCCAAGACCCGCGACAAAGACAAGGCAGAAACGGAAUUGAAUGAGAUCAACAGGAAACAUAUUCAGGAUUCUGUCUCUUUAAUCGGCGGGCUGGAGGAGGCUCAGACCAGGAGGCAGGACAAGCUGAUGCUGAGGCACCGGGAGAUGCUGCAACACAUAGACGAUGAACUUCCUCUGCUCCAGUCUCAGUUGGAGAGGGAUCUGGACCAGGAGUAUGAGCGCCUGCAGGAGGAGAUCUGCCAGCACCUCCAGGUGGAGCUGCACAACAAAGGGCUGAGGACAGACGCCCUGUACUCGCCCUUUUCAAACCAGGGCAGCCCCAGGUCGGACCCCCCCUCCAACUGCUCCACGCCCGACCGCUGCCCCUGGAACAGGAGCAUGGACAAUAGCACCGCCUCAUUGGCUGAUUCCACUUCCUCGUCCACUCCUGUCCUAUCAGAGGCGGAGAUGUCGUUCAGUUAAAACUAUUACGUGUAAAAAGCAAAUACUUACAUUCAACUGGGGUCUAUAAUGAUUAUAAUGUGGGAUAGUAAUGAUAUUAAUUAUUUACUAAUUUUAUUCCUUUUUUUUUUAUUACAGACUGCUAUGUUCGUGUCUACAGAGCUAUAUAAUUUUUUAUUUUGCUGCUUUUGUCAGAUGCACAUGCCUUUUUGUUGGAAGAUUUCAUUAGAAUCAUUACUUUUUUUACUUUUUGGUCUAUGUCUUGCUUUUAAUGUCAUAUCGUCUGAUGCCUUUUUUUUUGCAUCAUUUAAAUUGUCUGGUCAGUAAGCUUUACUGUAGUUAGAAACCAGAUUUACAUUCACAUUUUAUUCACUUUGAAAGCUUUAAACUGUGCAGAGAGAAGAGCAGGAUUUGACAACAGAUGACUUUGUUGAGGGAAACUUUUUAGAAUAAAUACAGCUAGCCCAAGCAAUUAAUGGUAAUAUGAUGUUAGUAGAUUCAUAAUGGUCUUAUUCCCUAGAAAUAGAUGAGGAACUAUUUAAAACAAAGCCUAUGGAGUUCUUUAAGUACUACAUAACAUUUUUUUUAAACAACGCUGAGAGGUCAUUUUCCAGAGUAAAAGAGGGCAACAUUUUAACAUAAGGGUUUAAAAGUUUAGUUUUUAACUGUAAUGGCAGGAGCUGACCAGCAAGGGGAGCUGCAGCAUUGGCUAUUUAUUUUAACGCCUUUCAUUCAUGGAGCGUGAUCAUAAUAUUAUACUGUAGUGUACCCUGACACACACACACACACACACACACACACACACACACACACACACACACACAUCUGUCGCAGCGUCAUUGUUUAGCAUCAAGUCUCUGACCUCUAACCUCCAAACUGAAUUCAGACAAGGUUGAAUGGGAGGUUGGCAGAGGUCAGCAGACAUCCAUCCAUCUGUCUAGAUAAGAGUGUGUUUGUUUGAGAGAGAAAAAAGGGAGGGCUUGAGUGAUGUAACACUUCACACACACACACACACGCAUACAUGACACUGUAUUUUGUAAUGAGGCGUCUAUAAAAAUGCAGUGGGACACACUCAGAGUUAAUUGGUUCAGUGGCCAAAAGCCUUUAAAAUCCUCAUCCCAUCCAAUCUAUCCCGUUUGAAAAACAAGACACAAUCCCAUAACUUUACAAAUAUGGCUGAAACUUUUCAAGGGUAUUUGAAAGUGAGUGUGUGCGUGUUUGCAUUCAGAACUUAAUCCCUUGAUGUGACAUCUGCUCUAUCCUAGUAUGCUUUAAAAGCAUCGGCACUGUAGGAGGCACUCUUCAGAUGAGGAUAUAAAGCUGCAUCAUGACGUUUUAAUGUAAAAAUGCGCCUGUAUUUGAGGUCUGAAUCACCAAAUGAGGGUGGUAUUUUGCGUUCUUAUUGCAGCUCUGUUGAUCUGCUCAAUAUACCAAAUUGUUUUAUUGUUCUAUAAUGUGGUAAGAAGCCCCAGCUCUUUGCUUUAACUUCACUGAAGCCUCAAAAUUCAAAGCGUGACCUCUUAACAUAUCAUAUUAUAGGUAACAGUCGUUCACCUCCAGAGUGACAUAGGAAGAGCUUGUGUUAUAUUUUAUUUAAGGGUGAAUAUGUCUUAAAAUGAUCCCACACAGCUCCCCCAGUUUGUCCAUUUAAGCCAAAUAUUGAAUGUAGGAUUGUAGUGCACAAACGGUACUUUAAAUUAUCAGUCUCCUCUAUCUUUAUUUCAGCCAUUUUUGAAGACUAUUUUGUUGUUCUUGUAUACCACUCUGUUUUGUUGUCUUGUCUGCUUUGAGGGGUAUAAUGAUGGCACUCUAUGUACAUUCUGUGUAAAUGUUUAGUUUUAUGUGAAUUUGACUACUGACCACAAGUGCUGAAGAGGGAUGAAGGUCAGGAGAGGUCGGGGAAGGCUAAGGGAAGAAUAUCAUUUCUGCUUUUUCUCAAAGAUAAUUGUUUUUGGGUGAAAUUCCUCUCCUCCAUCCUUCAGCGAGCACUGGCUGCCUGUCUAUCUGUCUAUCCCCCCCCCCCCCCCCCCCACACACACACACACACACACACGUCUUUGUAAACUAACAUCUAUUUAAAUGGAGUUUUAACAAUGUAUUAUUUUGUGGUAGUUUUUUUUCAUUCAGUUCAGUGUAAAAUGCAUCUUUUACAAUAAUCUUAGAGCUCUGCUUUUCAGGUCAAGAAAUAUUGGAGCCCAAAAAAAGUGCAUCAAAUUGUUUGUAUUCAAUGUAUAGGACAGCAGCAGCAACAUCCUGCUGGUGUGAGCACUUUCUUUAAAUAUGUACGCUGACCUUUUGAGCUCUAAUAAUUUUUAAAGUAGAAGAUUGCCAGCCUGUUCACCUCUACCUGUCUGCAUACAGAAUGUAAUUUCUCCGCUAUCUAUUUUUGGAAACUAAUGCAUACAGUCUGAGUAUUAAACAGGUGAAACAGCCACCAUUUGCUAAAAAAGAAGGACAAAAAAGACGAGACAUUCCUCGCAGGCGGUCUGCUUUAAGGGUUGAGUUGGACACAGCCGUUCUAAGUCCAGUAGCACAUAUUUAAAAAAAAAAUCAUUUAUAAAAUAUGUGCAUUAGUUCCAUGUACCCGUUUCAGUAGAGACUCUUUUCAUGCUUGAUUGAAUUAUACCAAUCUCUGUUUUUGUUGCUUGUUCUUCUUUCCCGUUACAUCGAAACAACCAUUCUUAAAGGAGAUAGCACAUAUCAGGACUACUUUAAAUAGCUUAAGUUGUUAGAUCUUUAGACUAUAGGCUACUGUAAAACAUACAUGUUGGUUCUACCUGGCAGCCAGUGGCUUUAACGUGAGGUGUUGAGUGUCUUUGUAGAUCAAACAACAUGAAUUGUUUGGACAUUUUGUGCAGGAAGAUAAAGAUUGUGUCUUAGUAGUUCUAAACUCAUAUUGGUGCAAUGGCAUUUGGGAGUUUGACACCAGAUUCAUCUUUUCCCUGUUAGCUCGAAGUCUAUAAUGUUGUAAUUAAAUGUCAACGAGCUGCUUUAAUACUAGAUCAUUAGUUAUACAGCUUAAUGUAAUGCCUUGAUUGAUUGGUAAAAUACCACAAAUUAUAACUUGAAACGACUUGAAAUCCCCAAGUUAACUUGUAAAUCGAUUACCUACCCCUCGUGUUACCUUUUAUUAUUUAAUAAAACGUUGUUUAUAGUCCCACAUUUUCUUUACUAUGACACUAGCUUUUGAAUCAGGAUCAUAAUUGUCUUUGAGUGUAAACCAUGACACUAAAAAGGCCAACAUCAGUUCUCUUUUUUUGAAUACAUGCCUAAAUUGGGCGUUGGUGUGUUGCUUGAGCGACACACACACACACACACACACACACACACACACACACACACACACAGAGAGGAAAGUGAAUUCUGCUAAUGCCUUAGCUAGUUCCCUUUCCACCUGAAGGCAGCCUGGGGGAUGUUUCAUGUCAGAUGUGAGCUUUAACCUCUGUUAUUUCUGUCCUGUUUAUGUUGAAUUCACUCAUUUAAACAGACAUGCUCAUGAUCCUUCUCUGGCCCAAACACAGCAGCGUCCCAUCAGACACUGUGCUGGCUGCAGCCUCACACAAACACUCGUUGACUCUUAUUAGACAUUUGGUGUGACUCGUCUCCCUGCAGGCCCCCCCGAGGCCCCUGGCUGUCAUGUCUGCUCUUGCUCUCUUUUUAUUCCCCUCUGUCCCACUUCCUUCUCCUCAGUUCCACUUAAUUAUGGACCAUCUUUUGCUUUUGGACUAGUUAAGUUAAUUAAAAGCAGUUCGUACACUUGACAUAGUGAAGAAAGCAUGCCAGAUACAAUAGUUGUGUGAUAAGUUGUUUGACACUGUGUAUGUGUAAAUGAUUGUUGGAUGUAAGGGAUAUUUUAUUCAUAAUUAAUAUAAAGUAUAUGACUGAACAUUCGGUGAUAAACUUCCUGUUACAGAGUUGAA